UAAUGAUUUUUGCCGUCGUCGUGGUUUCCUGGAAAAUUUCCUAUUUGUAAAAAUAACUUUAUGUGUAUUAUAGUAGCAGACUCGGUAAACACCGGUGUUUUUGGCAAUUAAUUCAGUUGAUGAUUUGGUUGCUGCGAUAAAGUUUGAUAUAUUGUGCAACCAUGGACCAAGGCCGUGGCCUGUGGGACUUGCUGUUUGGUGUCAGUGAUGUGGGUGCUGGCAGUGCGGAUGUCAACGUGAAAAUGGAAUCUGAUGAUCAGUCUUUCCAGCUGGAAUUGCCGGAGGACUUCUUACAAUUGCUUAACGAUAAUCCGAGCAGUUUGCUGGAUUUCAACAAGAGCCUCCUGAGCAGCAGUACAGCUGUUUCCGGUGCGAUCUGCCACGAUGGGGAUUUCUCACAGGGGACCGCUGAAGAGUCGUUGGAGGUGGAUUUGGCCUCGUUGGACUGUGACUUGACUGAGUUUCUGCAAGUGCCCCAGGCCGACAUGGUCUGCUCGUCCAACAGCAGCGGCAGCGACGACGGCUCCUCGUCGGACUGCGGCAGUCUUAUGCAGCACGGCUCCCCCAAAUCCGUCCAUUCAGACUCAUCGUCUGUGUCGUCGCGAGCGGAAAAAGAAGAGUUGGUACUGUCCAAAGAAGAACUGACGCUCCUGCAUAAGGAAGGUCUCACACUGCCCAAAUUCCUGCCCUUAUCCAAACAGGAUGAGCGCGUUCUCAAAAAGAUACGCCGGAAAAUACGCAAUAAGAAAUCGGCACAAGAGAGUCGGCGGAAGAAGAAGGUGUACGUUGAUCAGUUGGAGGAUCAGAUCAAGGACAUCGCCUCUCAGAAUAAGACGCUGUCCAAGCGGGUCAAGGAACUGGAGAAGGAGAAUGUCUCGCUGCAGGCGCAGCUGAAAACCCUACAGAGCCUGUUGGGACGCACCACGCGCAAUACCAAAACGACGGGAACGUGCUUAAUGGCUCUGGUCUUAUCGGUGGCGCUGAUUAUGACGCCCUACGGAAAGAGUGCCAACGACAAGGACGCGCAGGCCGACGCCGUCUUGGUCGGCGAUUAUGAAACGGAGAACGCUGCGCCAGUGCGAACGCGCAUCAUGUACAACCUGGACACCCCACCCGACCGUCACCACCGCCACAAAUCAUCCGGCCUGCCCCUGGCCCAGGUGGACGAGCUGGCCGUCCUGGACACCCUGCACGCCCAGAAGACCACCAACUCCAUCAGUCUGGACCCAUGGGAGGAGAAGUACGCCGCCCACGUCACCGUCGUCACCACGCCCAUGCCCGACAUGCACAUCCAGCUGGCCGCGCCCAACCGCUCCACCGCCACCCACUAGAAUACCGCUCCACAACGCGAGACACUGGUGUCCAUUUUUGACGAUCACCGGAGUGUUGAACAGGCCGAUCGUGGAGUAUUUAACACUCGGAGGGUGCACAUUAAAGGAUUUUCUUAACGACAGUCACAUGCGUGCUUUUUAUCAAGUAUCGCUGCAUUACAAUUCCAGUUUUCAGGUGCGUCAUGCCUUUGUGGUUUUUUUUGGCGAGUAACAUUUGUGGUUAAUUGUAACCAAUGUCUUUUUUUCUACGUUGGUCGGAUCGCCCGUUUUUUUUGCGUGUAAGUGUGCUGUUGCUAAUGUUUAGCUUUGUUUUGUUUUAUGUAGUGCGGGUUGACGAUUUCCUUUACAUUCGUACAAUGGUAUUGUGUAACAUUUUUAGUUACUUGGCGAGCUCUCAUUUCUGGGAUAAUCACACCGGCGGAAGAAAUCGAUGCGAAAUCCUGUAUGAUAAUCGUGAUUAAAUACAGUUUACUCGA